AUGGCUUCCUUCUCUUCAAAUUUGAUCUCUCUUUAUUUUAACAUUUCCUUCCUUUUCUUUAAAUCUCCAUUUAUUUCAGCCUUGGUCUCUCUUUAUUUUGGUCGUGUCAUCCUUGUCUCUAAUUUGGUCUUGUUCUCUCUUUCUUUUAACCUUGCCUUCCUUCUCUUUAUUUCAACCUCGAUCUCUCUUUCUUUGGCUUGUCUUCCUUCACUUCCAUCUUACUCCCCCUUCAUUUACCUUUCCAUGUUCUUUUUUAAUUCGACAUUUGACUCUCUUUAUUUUAUCCUCGUCUCCCCUCUCUUCAAUUCAAACUUGCUCCGUCAUUAUUUUAGCCUUCUCUUCAGUUCAACCUUCGUCUGGUCUUUCUUUCUUUCUUUCUUUAGCCUUGUCUUCAUUCUCUUUUAUUCCACCUUGUUCUCCCUAACUUGGUCCGUCUUUAUUUUAGAAUUGUCUCCCCACCCCACCUUUUCAAUUCUACAUUGGUCUGUCUGUAUUUUAGGCUUGUUCUCUUUCUCUUUUAUUCAAGCUCGAUCUCUCUUUAUUUGCCUCGUCAUCCUUCUCUUCCAUUCAACCCUGACCUCUCUUUAUUAUAGCCUUUCAUUUCUGUUGAAUCGUCUCUGGCAAAUCUCCUCUCUCGUUGACUUUCUAAUUUCCUUACACUUCUUUUUCUCUCUAACCUUUCCCCCCAAUUUUAUUCUUCUUUCACUUUUUCUCCAUUCCCCUCAAUUUCCUUUUCUCUCUUUUUUUCCUCUCUUUCUUUUCUCGCCACUCUUUCUACAUACUACGCUCUUCUCUCUUUCUCCUUUCCUCUCCUUUCCUUUCCUUUCCUUUCCUUAUUCCUUCGUCUUCCUUUUCGCAUUUUGUCUUUCUCUAUUCCCCUCUCCCCGUAUUUCUACCUUACCCACAUAUAUACCACUUUCUUUUUCCGUCUUCCUUUCUAAAUUCUUCCCAUUCUCCGUCUCUCUCUUUCUCUCUCUCUUACUACUUCCUCUUCCUCAUUUAUUCCCUCCUUCUCUUUCCCCAUUCGUCACAUUUUCUUCUUUCUUCAGUCUUUGCCAUUUCUUCCUUCCUCCUCUCCCUAUUCCUCACACUUCUCUCAUUCUUCAGUCUUCCCCUUUUUUCCCCUCUUUCUCCAUUCCUCACACUUUCCUCUUUCUUGAGUCUUCGCCCUUUCUUCCUUCCUCCUCUUUAUCUCUUCCUCACACUUCCCUCAUUCUUCAGUCUUCUUUUCCUCUUUCUCCAUUCCUCACACUUUCCUCUUUCUUCAGUCUUCGCCAUUUUUUCCUUCCUCCUCUUUAUCUCUUCCUCACACUUCCCUCAUUCUUCAGUCUUCCCCCUUUUUCCCUCUUUCUCCAUUCCUCACACUUUCCUCUUUCUUCAGACUUCGCCAUUUCUUCCUUCCUCCUCUUUAUCUCUUCCUCACACUUCCCUCAUUCUUCAGUCUUCCCCUUUUUUUCCGUCUUUCUCCAUUCCUCACACUUUCCUCUUUCUUCAGUCUUCGCCAUUUUUUCCUUCCUCCCUUUUUCUUCCUCAAACUUUCAUUCUUCAGUCUUCCCCCUUUUUCCCUCUUUCUCCAUUCCUCACACUUUCCUCUUUCUUCAGACUUCGCCAUUUCUUCCUUCCUCCUCCUCCCUCAUUUUAGUCUUCCUUUUUUUUUUUCCGUCCUCCACACUUUCCUCUUUCUUCAGUCUUCCCAUUUUUUUUUCCCUUUAUCUCUUCCUCCAUUCCCCAUUCUUCACCCUUUUUCCCUCUUUCUCCAUUCCUCUUUUUCUUCAGACUUCGCCAUUUCUUCCUUCCUCCUCUUUAUCUCUUCCUCACACUUCCCUCAUUCUUCAGUCUUCCCUUUUUCCGUCUUUCUCCAUUCCUCACACUUUCCUCUUUCUUCAGUCUUCGCCAUUUUUCUUUUCCUCCUCUUUUCAUUCUUCCCUCAUUCUUCAGUCUUCCCCUUUUUUCCCUCUUUCUCCAUUCCUCACACUUUCCUCUUUCUUCAGACUUCGCCAUUUCUUCCUUCCUCCUCUUCUCUUCCUCACACUUCCCUCAUUCUUCAGUCUUCCCCUUUUUUUCCGUCUUUUCCAUUCCUCACACUUUUCUUUUCUUCAGUCUUCGCCAUUUUUCCUUCCUCUUUUUCUCUUUCUCACACUUCCCUCAUUCUUCAGUCUUCCCCUUUUUCCCUCUUUCUCCACUUUUCCUCUUUCUUCAGACUUCGCCAUUUCUUCCUUCCUCCUCUUUAUCCUUUCUUCAUUCUUCAGUCUUCCCCUUUUUUUCCGUCUUUCUCCAUUCCUCACACUUUCCUCUUUCUUCAGUCUUCGCCAUUUUUUCCUUCCUCCUCUUUAUCUCUUCCUCACACUUCCCUCAUUCUUCAGUCUUCCCUUUUUCCUCUUUUUCCAUUCCUUCCUCUUUCUUCAGACUUCGCCAUUUCUUCCUUUCCUCUUUAUCUCUUCCUCACACUUCCUCAUUUUCAGUCUUCCCUUUUUUUUCCGUCUUUCUCCAUUCCUCACACUUUCCUCUUUCUUCAGUCUUCGCCACUCUCUUCCUUUUUCAGUCUUCCCAUUUUUUUUCAUUUUUCCAUUCCUCACACUUUUUUUCUUCAGACUUCGCCCUUUCUUCCUUCCUCCUCUUUCCCUCUUCCUCACACUUUCCUCUUUCUUCCUUUCAUUCUCAUCUAUACCUCUUUCUUAUUAUUACAUGUCGCUCUCCGUUUUUCUCAUUUUCCCUCCUUCUUUCUUUUUCCCAACUCUUUUUUUUCAUACCACACUCUUGACUCAUCAUUUUCUUCAUUCUUCCUCCUUUCUUCUCUUUCUCUUUUUCUCACCCUUUUCUUUUCUAUUUCUCAUUCCCAUCCCUCCCAUUUUUUUUCUUUUUCGAUUCUUUCAUUUUUCUCUCUCUAUUUCCUUAACUCUUUCUUUUUACACCACCCGUUUUUAUACCUGUUUUGCUCAAUUACUUUCUCCAUUCUUCUCCUUCUUUCUCCCUCCUCCUGUAUCACCAAUUCUCCCCCUUCCCCUUUCUUCUUCUCCUCCUCCUCCUUCUCAUUUUCAUACUCCUGCGCUCAUCUUUCUCGACUCCUCCUCCCACUCUAUUUUACUCUCACUUUCCCUCUUUCUUUAUUCACCACUCUCUCUUCAUAACACCUUCAUGCCCCGUUAUUCCCCACUUCCGUCUCUUUCUUUCUCUUUCUCCAUUCCUCACACUUUUUCUUUUCCUUCUCAUCACUUCUCACUUUCUUCUUUUUCGAUCCUUCCAACUCUCCUUUUCUAUCACUUCCCCUCCCUCUUUAUUUCAUCACUCUUUCUUCCUACCUCUCUUUUGCCCCCUCUUUUUCUUUACUUCCCCCUUUAUUCUCUAUUCUUUUCUUUGUCUAUUCCUCACAUUUUCCUCUCAUCCACUCCCACUUUCUUCUUUCAUCACUCUCUCUCUUUCUUUCUUGGUUCCUCCCACUUUCCUCUCUUUCUGUUUUCACCACAAUUUCUUCAUACCUCUCUCUUGUCCCAUCCCUUUCUUCAAUUUUCCCCUCAUUCCUCACCUUUUCCUCUUUUUUCUUGUCUUUCUCUAUCUCCCCCCACGCUUCUUUCGCUUAUCUUUUUCUCUCCCUUGCAAUGCAUUCUUCAGAGUCAUGUCCGUUCUGAUGGCAAAGCGGGCUUUGCCAUAAUUUUCAUUAUAAUCUCUGUUUGA